UGACCAGAAGCUGUGGCUGAUUAGCUGAAAGCAGUGUUUCCUGCAGGACUUUGAUAAGGAAGAAGGAACUGCAUUUCCUGAAAAUAGCCGCACCUGCUCAUCCCGUAAAGGAGGCGAGGCGUUGGGUCAGUCGACUGAAUAUAAGGAGGGCCAGAGAGUUGAACACAGCAUCCGAACCUCCAGAUCUCAAAGAGCAUCCUAGAAAGCCACAGAAGCCUUCACAGACAAAGAGAUGCUUCUCUCUGUACUUCUUAUCCUGGGCCUCUGCCUGGUGCCCAGUCAAUCCAAACCUACAGGUGAAAGACUCGGCAGUCCUUUUCUUCAGAAAUGCUUUGAAGAAGCAAAGAAAAUAGUAGACGAUGCAUAUACGUACUCCAGAGAAGAGAGCCUCAGACGGGUCCGCAGGGAUGUGGUGAAGCCUCAUGAUGCUCUUCGCCUCCUGAAGCAGCCUCGCGGUGACACUCGUUCAGCUGUGCGCUCUGCUGACUACAUGGCACAGACUCUCCGUUUGGUCCAAGAGAAAGUGCAUCGUGUGCACAAGCGCUCCCUCAAUGCAACAGAUUUACUCACGGAACAAGAUUUGAGAGAACUUGCCCGGAUUACUGGAUGUGAAGCUCGAAUCAGGAAUCCACCAUGUCACAACACACCAAAUAUCAACAAGUAUCGCACAAUCACCAGCGUCUGCAACAACUUAAACAACCCUCGCCUGGGUGCCUCCAACACCCCAUUCACCCGCUGGUUGCCCUCUGAGUACGAUGAUGACAUUUCCCAACCAAAAGGAUGGGACUUAAAUCGCAGAUUCAACAAUUUCUUGCUCCCAUUGGUGCGACAGGUGUCCAAUAGCAUCUUGAGCACAACAGAUGCAGGCGUUGUCAAUGACACAGAGUACGCUCACAUGGUGACCUUUUUUGGCCAGUGGAAUGACCAUGACCUCUCCUUCACACCAUUUUCACCAAGUAUCCGCUCCUUUAGCAAUGGGCUGAACUGCGACGAAAGUUGCGAGCACAGUGAGCCAUGCAUCCCUAUCCCGAUCCCUCCUGGAGACCCCCGCCUUCCCUCCCGUCCAGAUAGCUGCAUCCCAGCCUUUAGAUCUGCUCCUGCCUGUGGAACGGGUUACUCUGCAUUUAAUUUUGGUGGAGAACCCAACAAGAGGGAGCAGAUCAAUUCACUGACGGCCUUUCUGGAUCUGGGACAAGUAUAUGGCUCAGAUGAGAAGCUUGCCCUGAACCUUCGUGAUCUCACCAGUGAUUCCGGCCUGCUGCGCGUCAACACCGAAUUCAUGGACAACGGGCACGAGCUGCUGCCCUUCCACUCCCUGCAGGUGCAAAUGUGCGCCACCCGCAGAAGAAUCACCAACGAUACCAACGCCAGGGAGGUGCCCUGUUUUAUUGCAGGUGAUGGCCGCGUGGAUGAGAACAUCGCCCUGACCUCUAUCCACACCCUGUUUGUGCGUGAACACAACCGUUUGGCUCGUCAGCUGAAGAGGCUGAAUCCACACUGGGACAGUGAGACUCUCUACCAAGAGGCGCGCAAGAUCAUGGGUGCUUACACCCAGAUUUUUGUCUUCAGGGAUUAUCUUCCUCACAUUUUGGGUCCUGAUGCAAUGCGCAGACAUAUUGGACGUUACCCAGGCUACAACUCCAAUGUUGACCCUAGCAUCGCCAAUGUGUUUGCGACAGCUGCUUACCGUUUCGCUCACCUGGCCAUCCAGCCAGCUUUGUUCAGACUGGAUCCAAACUACAGAGAGCACCCUCAGUUCCCCAGUGUCCCCCUGUUCAAGGCUUUCUUCACCCCCUGGAGAGUCAUCUUCGAAGGUGGAGUCGACCCUGUGCUGCGUGGUCUGCUAGGUCGCCCUGCUAAACUGGGCACUCAGGACAACAUGCUGGUGGAUGCUCUGAGAGAGAGGUUGUUUGAAUUCAUCCAGCACCUGGCUCUGGACCUGGGUGCUCUGAACAUGCAGAGGGGUCGUGAUCAUGGCCUGCCUGGCUACAACGCCUGGCGCAGGUUCUGUGGUCUGUCCCAGCCUAGUAACCAGGCAGAGCUGGCUCAGGUUUUGAGGAAUCCCACCCUGGCUCAGAAGCUGCUGGAGCUCUACGGGACCCCCGAAAACAUCGACGUGUGGCUUGGAGGAGUCGCAGAGCCAUUUGUGCCUGGCGGCCGCGUGGGUCCUCUGUUCGCCUGCCUCAUUGGAACUCAGUUCCAGAAAAUCCGUGGGGGUGACAGGCUGUGGUACCAGAACCCCGGUGUUUUCAAGCCACAGCAGAGGCAGGCUCUGUUCGCUGUUACACUCUCCAGAGUCAUCUGUGACAACACCGGCAUCACGUCUGUGCCCAGUGACGCUUUCAGCGUCAUCUCAAAUAGGAACCGUCUGGUGCCGUGCUACACUCUGCCUCGCCUGAAUCUUUCACCAUGGAGGGAAAGACCCUGUGGCUUCGGAUUUCCUGAGGAUUGUUUGAGGUCCAGUGACGGAGAGAACCCAACCCAGACAGAUGAACUGAACAAUCUGGACCCGCAGGACCCACUGGAUCUCCAGGAUCCCGUAGAUCCUGUGGACCCUUCCGACCUUCAGGAUCCUCUGGACCCUGUGGAUCCACAAGAUCCACUGGAACUUGAGACCAAUGAGAUCCAGUAAGACCAUUCAGCGCCAGAUGCCCUCUAGGAUCACCAAUAUUCAAACAUCAGUUCUGGGAUGACGGCCUAUACCCAGAGAGACUCAUUUGUUUCCAUCAUAAAGAAACAAAACAAGCCAACACAGAACUCAGACACACCUGUUUAUAUUCCUCAGUCAUUCACUCUGCACUUCUUCCAUCGGAGCAGAAAGCUGGGAUUACAAAGGAAAUUGUCAAGCUGGCCGUCAACGUCUUCGUCUCAGGACAUUUGUUCUUCUCUAUGGGACAGAAACACUUUCUUUCCAGGAUGAACCUCCCAUUAGAAAACACCAGUGACUUGUGGGCUUUUAAAUUUGUUUACGACAGUCAUUCGCAGUAGCAGAUGACUAGAUAAAAACACACCAUACCACUGUAUCCUCAUUUUACUCUUUAUUGUAAUAAUAAGGCAUUUUGUUAGUUUUAGGCUUCAUACCAAUGGGUUUUAAUUGAACAAAUGUGUUUGACUCUGUUACAACUGCGUCUAUUUUACAAAAAAGAAAAUCAACAUUAGGAUAAUUUUGAUGGGAUCAACCAAUAUUAAUUUAUGAACAUGUUUUGCAUUAAAUAUUUUACCUUCGAGUAUUGUGUUAUGAUUUAUCUGAUCAUAUUUUUGUUUUACUGCAACUUUGUUGUUUUACAUUUAAUGUUGAAUAUUGCAUUCAAUAAAGCAAUUGAGCGAUCA